AUGGCAGUGCAACCCACAGAGAGGCAGAGAAAGGGGAAGGAGGCAGAAAGGGAAAGAGGAAGAGACAGCGAGGGAGAGGAACACAGAACAGACACAGAGACAAAGGAAAAAACGGGACAGAGAGAUUCAGAGGGAGUGAAAGAGAAAGCGGGGGGGAAACUGCCGCCCAAGAAGAAGAGGUUACGCCUCGCUGAGCUGGAGUACUCCUCUGGAGAAUCUAGCCUCGAGUCGGGCACCCUGUCCCGGAGCCUGAGUCAGGACAGCAACUGGUCGCACAGCUCCAGCUUCUCCCUCUCGCUGGAGAGGGAUGAGGGCCCGAAGCCUGGGGCCUCUGGCAGGCUAGAGACGGCCGAGUACCUGACGGUACCCUACGCGGUCAACAGCCUGGGCCUACUGUGCCAGCAGCAGCAGCAACAGCAGAAGGAGAUGAGGCGCUCGGCCUCUGAACAGGCCCCGUGCCAGCCCUACAUGGAGAUGGUGGAGAUCCGCAGCAAGUCCUUCGACUACGGCAACCUGUCGGGAGGCCCCGGGGGGGCCCUGCCUCGUGGGCCCGGCCCCACGUCCCCCGCCGUCAGGGAGAGGAGAAGGUGCUUCCUGGUGCGCCAGGCCUCCCUCGGGCAGUACUCGGAGAAUUCCCAGCUGGAGCACGGCCAAGAGCAGGCCGAGCCGAUGCAGGUCUCCAGUCACCAGGUGUGUGGGCCAGCGAUCCCUGGGCGGGGCCCUCGACACCGCCCGCCCUCCCCCACCGACCGUCCUGGCGACGCCCCUUACCCCCUCGACUUCCACCAGCCCUGGCAACUCUACCAGCUGCCUCACCCGCCCCCCUUCCCCGCCCCCAGCUCCGACCCCUGCAUCCUGCCUUGGCCAGCGGCACCCCUGCAGCCCGCUGCGCCCCUCCCUCCCGCCAACCCCGGCGAGGCCUACCCAGGUCAACCGGCAGAUAGGCGCCCUCAGGCCCGCCCGGGUUGGGGGGAUAAGGACCCCACUUGCCCCUCGCCCCGGGCCUCCCCUCAGCACUCCCCCAGCCGCCGGGCCCGUUUCCCUCCAGAGAGGGCCCCCGCCCCGUGCACCGGCCGCCCCCCGCCCUCGCUGCUGGUGCCCGUCAGGAUCCAGGCCAACGUGCCCACCUACGGCAGCGUCAUGUACACCAGCGUUUCCCAUGCGCCGGGACCCCGGGGUCCGGCCGACCCCAACGCCAUCGUCAUCUGCAAGGUGGAGGAGCGUUCGACCGGGGCGGGCCAGGAGCAGAGCAGGGGAGCCGGCCGUGCCGUCCCGCUGCACUGCCCCCAGUGGGGGCUGCCCCCUUCGGUGGUCACCGGCGCGGCUGGGGAACCGUCGGUGCCGCUCACCCUGAGCCUGGUGAGCUCGGACGGUGGAUCGCCCAUUGGAGGGAGCAAGCGAAUGCUAUCACCUGCCAGCAGUCUGGAGCUCUCCGUGGAGACCAAGCAGCAGAAGCGCAUCAAAGAGGAGAAGAUCUGUGGGCAGAUGCUGGAGAAACUGAGCCUGAGGGAGUCUGGCGCACCUCCACCCGCUGCGCCCCAAGGCGGCACCAAAUCGGCCAAACCACAGCUGGUCCGCCAGUUCUGCACCACCGAGAUGAAGGAAGGUCAGCUGUUGUCCUCCAGCUCCUCCCCGGGCUCUCUGCAACGCCACGGCCUUCAGAGCCUGGAGUCCAUCCCAUCUGAAGACCGUGCGCUGCUCAGCCAUUGCAGCGACAUGGAGUCGGUGGAGAGCUUCGAUGCAGAGAGCCCUCAGAGAGCACCUCUGUCGCCAGGAGACAGCCCCUCGGAGCUGCCGGCCCCUCCGCAGAAGUUCCCCAUCAGCAUGCUGCUCCAGGUGCCCACCAGCCAAGGGGGAACGGUGGUCGGGGGCACCAUUCUCCUGUCAGAUGCGGCUGACCUCCAGCAGUUCCUGCAGUUCCCCAGCCUCCGCACCUCCACCAGCGUCAGCUGGUGCUUCCUGAACUACACCAAGCCCAACCCGACCCGGCACACAGCGUCCAAGCUGUCUAUGUAUGACACCUGGUGCAUCAGCUCCUACAACCCCAACCCACCAGGCACUGCCACCAAAGUGGCCUUGGCACUCCUGAGGUCCAAGCAGAAGGCAGCCAGGGAGAUCUACAUCAUGUCGGCCCUGAACUGGCCCAGUUCCGGAAAGCUGGUGGCCUCCAGCAGCUGGAAACAAAGUAUAGCCCAGAUGAAAUGGUAUGAAUCUUCACAGUGUGAUCAUGAUGGGGCUGGAGGGAAAGCAGCAGGAAGUUUUGAAAAGGAAAGGGAAAAGAUGGAGACCAGUGCGAACAAAGACCAUUCCGACAAGCAAGUGGAGCCCACCAGGAUUAAAAUCUUUGAUGGAGGAUAUAAAUCUAACGAAGACUAUGUCUACGUGAGGGGACGGGGCAGAGGAAAAUAUAUCUGCGAGGAAUGUGGAAUCCGCUGUAAGAAGCCCAGCAUGCUGAAGAAACAUAUCCGCACCCACACUGACCUGCGACCUUUCAUGUGCAAGUUCUGCAAUUUUGCUUUCAAGACGAAAGGAAACCUGACAAAACAUAUGAAGUCAAAGGCUCAUACCAAAAAAUGCCUUGAGCUGGGAAUAGCAGUAACCUGCACGUACAACACAGACACGGAAGAAACAGGAAUCCCAGAGGAGCCUGAGAAGGACGCGCUCAGUGACGUUCCCGUCCGGCAUCAGUUUUCCGAUCCGGAAGAAUCCGACGGAGCGGAGGAGGAGGGAGAUGAAGACGAUGACGAUGAGGAUGACGAUGAUGAAGAUCGCCAAGGUGACAGCACGCCGACCACCAGAUCGCGAAGCACGAGCCCACUCUCCAAACCAUCCUCAAGCACCUUUGGCAUCACCUCAUCCUCUGCGUUCGACGUUUCACACUCGAGUAACCAGUCUUCCCUCAUCAGCUACUUGGUGACACUACCCAGAAUUCAAGCAACUCAGUUCAUGCCACCCAGUUACUCACACACAGGGACUCCAUUGACAGACUACCCGAGAAAUUUGCAGAGCAGGCUGGCAGAGUCAAUUGAACACAAAGAUAGACUGGACAUCCCAACACCCCCCAAUGUGUGGCUACCACGUACCAGUGACGACGCGUCCUCGAGAGAUGAUAGCUCCAGAGAGAUGUCCCCCUCGGGAGACACCGGUUCGAGUGCUCACCCAUCACCGGCCUACGAUGGUUCCCCAGGCAGCGACCCCUCACCGACUCCACGAAGGUACUUAUCUCCAAGGAGGGAGCUCUCACCCAGAAGGCACUUGUCCCCAAGGAGGGAGAUUUCCCCAAUCCGGCACCGCUCGCCAAAGAGGGACACCUACCUGAGUGAGUUCUCCCUGAGGCGAGAUGCUUCCCCGAGGCGUCCCUUCCUCCAGAGGAGGGAGAUCCAGUUGCCAAGGCAGCUCUCCCCCGUCAAAGACCUCUCCCCGAGAAGGGAAUUGUCGCCAAGGAGGGACUACAGAGACAGGAGGCACAUGCCUUUGGUGAGAGCGACGUCGCCCAGGCGGGGCUGCCUGCAGAGUGGUCCCAUCGCGGGCCCAUACAUGCAGCAUUCGGACAUGAGCCUGAGAACAUCUCACCAGAAUCCAUUGGACAACAGCAGAAUGAUUCCCUGGCAGUCGUAUCCUGUGUGUGAAAAUGCCAAAGGAGACCAGGGCCAUGCCAUUCUUCCCAAUGGGCCUCACGGUUGCCUCUUCAGCCACCUUCCACUGCACUCGCAACAACAAGUACGGACCCCGUACCAGAUGAUCCCCAUUGGAGGCAUUCAGAUGGUCCAUUCUGGAGCUGUCCCUUUGCCAGGGCUGCUGCCGGCUUCUCAGCUCCCCCUGGGGGCGAGGAGGAGGGACGACAGCGUCAUCGACGAAGCCACCCACUGCGUCAUCGAGAGCAUCAAAGAGAUGGACAUCUUUUCCAAGUCCGAGGACGCACAAGUGGCAUCCCCGAUGGCUGUGUCGCCCCCACGGCCAACCAGCCCCACGGAUCCCCUUGGGGCUGAGAUGGGGGGUGGCCCCUGCGAGGAGGGGGUGCGCGGUCGGAUGGUGGAGCAGCGGACGUUGCGGGGCCCCUCGGCGACUAGCAGUGGGUACGGCGAGCACCCAGCCCCCACUGGACGAGGGGGCGAGGACCUUCAACCUCCGGCAGAAGACGGGGAGCGAGCCGGGAGGGCAGGGUGCCCCCCAGCUGGUUGGGCCUGGGGCAUUUCAGCAAGUCCACCAUGAAAACCCCUGGGUGAUUGGAUAUGACCACCAGGAGUGACUGGUGCCCACAUUGAAAGGAGCGAGAGAGAAAGAGAGAGGCAGAGCAAGAGAGAUUGUCAGACAGAAAGCAUGGACUCCACUAUUGGGAGACAUUCACUGAGGGGCUGGGGUGCAAAGUGAGGACAGUUAAGACAGUGCAACACCAUGCCCUCCUGUCUGGAUUCCCAGUGAAGGCAAGAUUUUGGGGAGAGGCUGGAUAAACAGGCAGGAAGGAAUGAGAGCAUGCUGCCACCUUUAUCUAUCUGUGGUCUAGACUUUGAACGUGAGAAAUAUUUUCUAUUUGUCUGUCAGAAGAAAGGAAAAAAAAAACUCUGACCAAAAUCAAGUUCCUUCAGUUGUCCUUGUUAAGUAUUUUUUUUUAAAAAAGUGUUGCAGAUAUUUUGUGCCUUUUAUUUUUGCUUGAACUCCUGUAUGCAUUAUGAAGGAAAGAGAGAAAUUGUACAUAUUUUAGAAUUUUGUGUACAUGGCUUAAUAAUUGUGAUGUUUUCUUUUCAGAGCACUUGUUAUAUUUUUGGGGGGAGGGUGGGGGUUUUGUCUUGAAUGAUGUGAAUGAUUGGAAACGGUUUAUUUUUAUGGGUUUGGGUGAUGGGGCAAAGUAUCAUGUGAGGUUGCACUAAAAAUGUAUUUUUAUACAAUUGAACUACUCUUAUGUACAGCAAUGAUUCUGUGAUACUAAUAUUUAUUACCUUUUUUUUGUUUUAUAACUUGUGGAGCCUCUGUUCCUCCCUCCCAUUGUAGGCAACUCUGACAUGAAGCAUGGGAUUUGUUUUUUUUUGCAGAAGUUAGAAUAAAGAUUUGUAACGCUGUAAAUUGUUUGCUGCUGAGAUUCCGAGGGGUGGGCAUUGCUAUCGGAAUCGAUUCCCUCUCUCCUUUGGAUAGAUGAAACCGUCGCGAAUAAUUCUUCUUCGGCUUUAGUUCCAGCAGCCAGUGCUGGCUUUGUGGGGUUGUUAGGGAAGAGAGAGAUAAACGGUACUUGAAGGAAGACCUGAUAGAGCAACAACUUUGAGGUGCAGAUCUUUCCCACUUUCCCCAUCUGUCUGUCCCUCUCUCCUUCCUUGCCUGCUUACGAGCUGCCCUUUCGUUGUCUGCUGCUGUCCUUAGGAACCCCCAGCAUCUCCAACCCAACAUCACGUCCCGUUGAAAAAUCCCUUCCCAACCCUAGCUCCCACAUGGGCCUUUCCCGGUCAGGAUGACUGAGAUAGACAACGCAGUUGAAUAGCCCGGGAUGGAACAGGUAAACCUCAUCUCCUGCUCCAUCAUGAAACAUUGGCGCUGCAAGUUGACUGGUUGCUGGAGACCCCACCAGAGCGUUUACGAGACCCUAUUUUCCCAAACUAGCACCACAACCCGCUCCAGGUGUAUAGAAUCGUAGAAUCCCUCCAGUGUGGGAGCAGGCCCACCGAGUCCACACUGACCCUCUGAAGAUCAUCCCACCCAAACCCACCCUAUCCCUGUAACCCUGCAUUCGCCAUGGCUAACCCAACCAGCCUGCACAUCCCUGGACACUAUGGGUAAUUUAGCAUGGCCAAUCCACCCUAACCUGCACACCUUUGGACUGUGGAAGGAAAUCAAAGCACUCGGAAGAAAUCCAUGCAGACACAGGGUGAAUGUGCAAACUUCACACAGACGGACACCCGAGGAUAUAAUUGAACCCGGGUCUCUGGUGCUGUGAGGCAGCAGUGCUAACCACCAAGCCACUGUGCAGCCCCCACCUGCUAAAAGCCAGCCCAGAAAUCUGCGCAAACAGAAUCAAUUUAUUUCUUAAAACUGUAAGUCUUUCAGGAGCAUGUUUAAAUUUGUUAAAUCGGGAUAUCAGACAGUAUUGCCCACUCCUUUUAUAUAUAUAUUAUAUAUAUAUAAUUUUUUUUUAAAAUGACUUACCGUGAUUAUGCACUUAAGAAGAGAAUAGAAUGAAAACCGAAGAAUGCAUAUGAUGUAAUCAUUUGUUUGAAUUAAAUUUUUAAUCCAGACUGUUGUUGUACUCUAUAAAUGAAGUGCUUACUGGUAAUUUUAAAAUAUAGUACUGUUUAGCAUUAAUUGAAUUGUA